GGUGUAUGUAAAUGCUCUGGUGCAUAGCGAUACGUGGAUAUUUUAUAUAGACAUAAUAGUUAUUAAUGUGCGUCUAAAAAUAUAAAGGUCAAGUAAAUAACUGCACGUGAUAAAUCUAACGAGCAAAAACCAAGAUUUCACAACGCAUGAGAGAUUAUAAAUCUUCCAAAUAUGGCAAUAGUACUAGCUCUUUUUGUUGCGGCUAUAGUAGCUGCGAUUUCAUAUUGGUGGAUGGGUAUAUACAGAAUUAGAUCUAAACUACACUGGAUACCAGAGUUACCUCGACUACCUUUAGUUGGUAAUGCCUUGGAACUAAAAAAUACAACAGAAAUUCUUGGCAAAUUGGAAGAAUAUCUAAAUCAACAUAAUGGGUUAUGUACCAUUGAAUUGGCCACUUAUAAGUUUAUAGUUGUGUCUAAUCCUACAUUUUUGGAAUUCGUGUUGGGCAAAACAGAUAUUUUAAAUAAAACUGAUGAAUAUAAAUUUUUGGGUAAUUGGUUAGGUAAAGGACUUUUAACAGCUGCAGGUACAAAAUGGAAAAGAAGUAGAAAAAUGCUCACUCCUUCAUUUCAUUUUUCGAUUCUUGAUCUCUUUGUCGAAACAUUUGAUUCUAAUGCUGCACUUUUAGUGGAUCUUUUGGAUAAAGAAACUAACAAAGAUAGUUUUGAUAUAUUUCCGUAUCUUCAAAACUGUACCCUGGACGUUGUGUGUGAAACAUCAAUGGGAGUGUCAAUAAAUGCCCAAAAAAAUCCAAAAUCGGACUAUGUUCAAGCAGUAUCAGAGUUGUGCAGAUUGGUGAUCCUCAGAACGUACUCACCUUUAAAAACCUUCGAGUUUUUCUACCGUUUUACCACUGAUUACAAAAUAGAAAUGGAACAGGUUAAAAUACUUCAUUCUCAUACAAUGAACGUAAUCACUUCUAGGAAAGAAGAAUUAAAGAAAAAGCAGAAUGGAGAAGAAAAAGAAAAAAUAGACGAUGUUGGAAUUAAACAGAGAAAAGUAUUUUUAGAUUUACUGUUAGAAGCAAAAAUUGAUGGUAGACCUCUUACCGAUACAGAGAUUCGAGAAGAAGUUGAUACCUUUUUAUUUGCUGGACAUGACACGACUGCAUCUGCUAUAAGUUUCUGUUUAUAUUGUUUGUCAGUUAACAAGGAUGUACAGGACAAGAUUGUUCACGAACAAAAACAAAUAUUUGAAGAAAAUGUAAAUAGAAAUGUGACCAUUCGCGAUCUUCAAGAAAUGAAGUAUCUAGAACUGGCUAUUAAGGAGUCUCUAAGGAUGUAUCCACCAGUUCCUUAUAUUGGUCGAAAAGCUGACAAAGAUGUAGUAUAUACCGAUGGAAACAUUAUUCCGAAAGGUGCGGGUUUACUAAUCGUUAUAUAUUGGGCAAACAGGAACCCGAAGUAUUUCCCAGAUCCCGAUACAUACAACCCCAGCAGAUUCGAAAAUACAACAGAUUCACAUCCGUACACAUAUAUUCCAUUUAGUGCUGGUCCUAGAAAUUGUAUAGGUCAAAAGUAUGCAUGGAAUUUAAUGAAAACUAUUAUAUCUAAAGUCAUAAGAAAUUAUGAAGUAUUACCUUGUGGACACAAACUUGAAGUAGCUGCAGAGACUGUUCUUAAAUCAGAGAACGGAGUCAAAGUAAAACUGAGAAAAAGAGAUUGGAAUCAAAUUUAAUACGGAUUAGGUUAUCAUAUUUGUGAUGUUUUAUUUGUAUUUUUGUAAUUUUUAGACAUAAUUUAAGUUGUAACAUGAAAUUUGGUGUAAAUGUAAAAAAAUUGUAUCGGUUUUAUACAAUUAAAUGUUCUACAUAA